AUGGUGAAAGAAGGCAUUGUGUUGGGCCAUGUCAUCACUGAGAAGGGCAUAGAGGUUGAUAGAGCUAAAGUGGAAGUGAUAGAGAAGCUUCCUUGGGUAUUUGGAGAGUUGAAAGAGAAGUUGGUAUUCACACCCAUUAUUAUUUCACCAGAUUGGAGUGAGCCAUUUGAGGUGAUGUGUGAUGCAAGUGAGGUUCCACUUAGUGUGGUAUUGGGACAGAGAAGGGAUAAAAUCCUUCAUACCAUUUACUAUGCUUGUAAAUCCCUAAAUGAAGCUCAGAAGAACUACACAACAAGAGCUUUUUGUGGUGAUGUUAGCAUUCAAAAAAUUUUGUUCCUAUUUUCUUGGUGCGAGGGUCAUAGUGCAUCUAACUAUUUUGCUUUGAGAAAGGGGAGUGAGAAUCAAGUUGCCAACUACUUGUCUAGUUUGGAGGAUGAAGGUAUGCGUGAAUUAGGAGAAAAAGCUGAAAUUGAUGAUGUAUUCCCAAAUGAACAUGUUUUGGCCGCUUUCCAAGAUUUGGUCUCAUGGUUCGUAGACUUGCAAAAUUAUCUGACAAAUGAUAGGCAAGAACUCCCCUUGAAACCCAUUCUGCUGAUUGAGCUAUUUGACGUAUGGGGUAUCAACCUUAUGGGCCUUUGUGUGAGUUCUCAUGGGAUGAAGCAUAUUCUUGUGGCGGUUGACUACGUGUCAAAAUGGGUGGAAGCAAUUGUGCUUCCCAACAAUGAUGGAAAGAGUGCCAUUUUUAAUGAUGGUGGCUCUCACUUCUAUAAUAAAUUGUUAAAAUGGAUUUUGGAUAAAUAUGGUGUUCUCCAUAAUAUGAAUACUCCUUACCAUCCACAGACUAGUAGACAAAAUGAGGUGUCCAAUCGCGAGAUCAAGCAAAUUAUGGCAGAAACGGUGAAUCCUAAUAAAACAUAUUGGUCAAGGUGUCUUGAUUAUUCUCUUUGGUCCUACCGCAUUGCAUACAAGAUCCCCAUAGGUAUGUCUCCAUAUCAACUUGUAUAUGCGAAGGUUUGUCACUUGCCGAUCGAGCUAGAGCACAAGGCGAUGUGGGUAAUGAAGAAACUGAAGUCGGAUUGGACUGAAGAGGAAGAACAAAGACAAUGGGUUGAAUGA